UCCUUUUUCUCAUAAAAAAUACUAAACUUCAUUAUAUAUACAUACAUACAUAUAUAUAUAUAUAUAUAUCUUAUAAGUUAUAACCCUACCAAAUAGCAAUCUAUCAAAUGACAACAAUGAAGUGGUCAUUGUUGUUUUCUUGUUCACUAGUCCAACCAUUAACACUACUAGCUCUAGUACUCAUUGUACUAAUCACUACUUCUCACUUAGUUUCAUCAUCUUCUUCUCAUGACUACAAUGAUGCACUUACAAAGUCUAUACUUUUCUUUGAGGGCCAACGUUCCGGUCACCUUCCACCAAAUCAGAGGCUGACUUGGCGUGGUGACUCUGCCGUCUUUGAUGGCUCCGCCGCCGGCGUUGAUCUCUCCGGUGGCUAUUAUGAUGCUGGUGAUAAUGUUAAGUUUGGUUUCCCUUUGGCUUUUACUACUACAAUGUUGGCUUGGAGUGUUAUUGAAUUUGGUGACUCUAUGCCUUCCGGUGAACUUCUUAAUGCCGCCGGCGCUCUCCGGUGGGCCACUGAUUAUCUUCUCAAAACUGUUUCUCUUCCCGGCAAAAUUUUUGUUCAGGUCGGGGAUCCGAUAAAAGACCAUAAUUGUUGGGAGAGACCGGAGGACAUGGACACGGCAAGAACCGUGUACAUGGUGAGUGAAGAGAAACCGGGAUCGGAUAUCGCCGGAGAAACGGCAGCGGCAUUGGCGGCGGCAUCGAUGGUUUUCCGAUCACUAGACAAUGAGUACUCAGUCACAUUGCUACAAAAUGCUGUCCGAGUGUUUAAAUUUGCGGAUGAUUAUAAAGGUGCUUACAGUGAUGAUGCUGGAAUUAGAGCUGGUGUUUGCCCUUUCUAUUGUGACUUCGAUGGUUAUCAGGAUGAGUUACUUUGGGGUGCAGCAUGGCUAAGAAGAGCCUCACAAGAUGCUUCAUUCUUGACUUACAUUCAAGACAAUGGAAAAACUCUUGGAGCUGAUGACAAUAUAAAUGAGUUUGGUUGGGACAACAAACAUGCUGGCCUAAAUGUCCUUGUUUCAAAGGAGUUUCUUGAAGCUCAAGAGUACUCUUUGGAGUCAUACAAAGCUUCUGCAGACAGUUUCAUGUGCACUUUGGUACCCGAAUCAUCGGCCUCGCAUAUACAGUACACGCCCGGCGGACUUAUAUAUAAACCGGGCGGUAGUAACAUGCAACAUGUUACAACGAUCGCAUUUCUCUUGCUCACUUAUGCGAAUUAUCUUGAAAAAACUUCACAAAUUGUUAAUUGUGGAAGCAUUUCCGUUGGUCCUACUUCCCUUCGCCUUCAGGCGAAAAAACAGAUUGAUUAUUUAUUAGGGGAUAACCCUAUGAAAAUGUCAUACAUGGUUGGAUACGGAGAAAAAUAUCCGCAAAGAAUUCACCAUAGAGGAUCAUCAUUGCCAUCAAAAUCUAGCCACCCAAAGUUCAUUGCAUGUAAAGAAGGCUCAAUCUACUACAACUCUUCCAAUCCAAACCCUAACCCUUUGAUCGGAGCUGUCGUCGGAGGUCCCGGGGAAGAUGAUGUUUAUGAAGAUGAUCGAGCCGAUUUUCGGAAAUCGGAACCUACUACUUAUAUCAAUGCACCUUUGGUUGGUGCCCUUGCUUAUUUUGUUGCCAACCCUAAUUUGAAUGCAUGAAUAUUAUAGUACCUAUGUUUUGCUUGGAGUGUAAAUAGGAUAGUGUGAAAGAGUGUGGCAUUGCAACCCUACCAUACACAUAAAAUACAAGAGUUUGGAUUUGUUUGAAAUUUUCUUGCAUAAUAUGCAAAAUUUGUUUGAUUGUCAUUAUUUG